CGUGCUGACGCAGGGGGUGCUGACGUACGGAUGCUGCUGCUGCUGCCCGAGCACCUGCUGCUGCUGCUCUUCUCUUACUCGGAGCCGCGGGCCCUGGGCCGCCUGGCGCAGGUCUGCCGUCGCCUCCACCAGCUGGUCGGCAGGGACGCGCUGUGGAGGCGGCUGGCCAGGGCGUCGCUGAACGCGGGCCUGACGCGGUGGGGCACCGACAGGGCUCCCCGAAUUCCUCUGAAAGAGAGGAUAAAGGUCUCCCAGAACUGGAAGCGAGGCCGGUGCCGCAGAGAAGUGCUGCUGAAGUGGAAAUACAACCUUUUGCCGUGGUUAGAGUUGAACGAUUGCUCACUGUAUCUCUCCCAUGCGGCUGAUAUCCGUGCGUACCGGUUACCUACAGCUUCCGGCACCUUCCAGCGACGGCCUCUCUCUGUGUACUCCGGUCAUCAGGAUGACGUGUGCCGCUUUGUCCUCAAUCAGUCACUUGUCAUCAGUGGAGGAGGAGAUGGAAAGAUUAUCGUCCAUGACACGUGCAGCUCCUUCUACACUGAGCGACCAGCACAUAACCAGGAGGUCAACUGUAUUGACAGCCGAGAGCACAUCAUCAUCAGCGGCUCAAGGGACAGGACGGCCAGGGUUUGGCCACUCUUUUCCAACGGCGUGGGCGACUGUCUGCACACAAUAAACACCCAAGAUCGCGUCUGGUCCAUCGCCAUUAAUCCUGACCUGAGUUCAUUGGUGACAGGCACUGCCGGCUGUGAUCACGUCUCACCUUUAAGGAUCUGGGAUCUCCAUAGGGGACAGCUGGAGGAGACACUGGGGGUGGGCUUCCCGCGGGGAGCGGGGGUCCUGGAUUUGCUGUACGAGACGCCCUCUAUCUUACUAACGUGUGGGUACGACACUUUCAUCAGACAGUGGGACCUGCGGACCAGCACCAGGCAGUGUGUGAUGGAGUGGGAGGAACCGCACGACAGCGCUCUGUACUGUUUGCAGAGUGACGGCAACUACAUGAUCGCCAGUGGCUCUUCCCUCUAUGGUGUCGUCCGUCUCUGGGACAAAAGGCAGCGCAAGAGUCUGCAGGCCUUUUUCCUCUCCUCACCCAAGAGCAGCCCUGUGUACUGCCUGCGCUUCACCACCUCACACUUAUAUGCUGCCCUGGCACAAGGACUUUACCUGCUGGACUUCGCAGCCGCUGAUACACAGCUCAAGAAACAGCGAUGGUUACACCAGACCUGAACGACGGUCACACACAGCCCAGCCCCGACCGUCACACACAGCCCAGCCCCGACCGUCA